CCGGAUGUGGCUCCGUCAGUCCGUCAGUCAGUAAACCAGCAGCGGGGACACACUGCCAGAGAGCCGGACACAAGUUCAACCGAGGACCGAAGCACGGAGCCGCUUCUCCCCCGAGUCUUUUUUUUUUAUAAACUCCGCCGCUUUCACUUCGUCCUGCCGGCUUUGUAUCCACAGAUUAGACGGCGCCCAUCCCCGCUGCGAACAUGGAAGCGGGCGAUCCUCAUGAAAACACGAUGAGUCUGGUGGUAAAAACGCCCAACCAGGCUCAGGAGGACCGGACCGUGGAAGGAGUCCGCCUCGACUGGACCAUCAGGGAGCUGAAAACGCACCUAUCCGCCGUGUACCCGACCAAACCGGCCGUGAGCGACCAAAGGCUGAUCUACGGCGGGAAGCUGCUGCCCGAUCACCUGCACAUCAGAGAUCUCUUCAGACAGACGGACUCGGUUCCGACGCUUCACCUGGUCUGUGCGCUCAGAAAUCCACCUGCAGGGACUUCGGGAGCAAAACCGAAGGUCAGAGACUCAGAACAGCCUCGGAGCUCCGGUUCUUCUACGUCGCCUGAACUGAGGCAGAGGAGGCAGAACUCUUCGUCUCCAGCAGCUUCGCCACAGACUCCUGCGUGGCCUCCUGCUGCACCGUCUGGAGCUCCGCAGAUGAACCAGCCGACCUUCCCCACCUUCUCCCUGUACAGUCCUCAGCAGCUGCUGUGGCUCCAACACGUCUACGCCCAACAGUACUACAUGCAAUACCACGCAGCUCUGGCAGCGGCAGGCUCCGCCCCCUCGCCGCCGGCCGCCACCAUCGGUCAGUACCCACCGGUCCCCGCCCACCAAGUGCCCGUCCCCGCCCCCCUGGCCAAUCAGAACCCCAUCGACAACCUGCCGGCCAAUCAGAACGCGGCCCCGGACGGCGCCUUCAUCAACCCCGGCGAGGCCAACCAGAACCUGCGCAUGAACGCCCAGGGCGGCCCGGUGAUGGAGGACGAGGAGGACGUGGAGCGGGACUGGCUGGACUGGCUGUACUCGGCGGCCAGGUUCGGCGUCCUGCUCAUGAUCAUCUACUUCAACUCCAACCUGAGCCGCUUCCUGCUGGUGAUGAGCACGCUGCUGCUCAUGUACCUACACACCGUCGGCUGGUUUCCCUUCAGGAGGCGAGUUCAGGUCCAGGAACCGAACCUCCUGCAGCCCCCCGAGGUCCAGCACAACCAACAGAACGAGAACCGGAACCAGAACCCGAAUCCAGAUGAAGAACCUGCAGCCGAAGGUUCUGAGGGUUCCGGCUCGAUGACGGCGGUCCUGGUUCCUCCUCACCGGGUGUCGGUCAUGUGGACGGCGUGGGUCUUCUUCAAGACCUUCUUCUCCUCGCUCAUCCCGGAGGUUCAUCAGGCCAACUGAGGACACUUUGGUCUCCUUUUUGUUUGAACUGUGAGCAGAAACACCAGCAAAACAAAAACACAUCUGAACUCCAACCACAGCUGCAGGUUUUUGGUUCUCACGCCACCUGGUGGUUUUAAACGUCAUUUCAAGGCCUUGAGAGACUCGAGGAGCUUCGCGGACGCCGGUUUGAUGCGACGAUCGACGGCAGGAGGCGGCUGAGGGGAAGGUUCCUCCACCUGUGAGCUUUCAUUUAAUUCAAGGCCGUAAAACACACACGGAUGUUUUUUUUACUUUCACAUCGACUGAGGAAGCAAAUGAAGGCCAAAAAGAUCCGAGUGUCUGAUGGUGAAGAAGCACAAAAACGUCUGAAUCCUUUUCCAGCAACGUGAGGUUUCAACAGUUAAGUUCAGUUUUUUGUGGGUUUUUUUAGGAAUCAGCAAAGUUUUAGACGCUGAAGACCUAAAAACUAACCUGAUGUUACUUCACGUUUACCAAACUAAAAUAUUCAGAGAAAAAAAUCCAAGAUUAAAAGAUGACUUUUGUUCUUUUUUGGCCUCUUUUUGCUUCCUGACAAACAAAACAGAACAAAAUCUGAAAUCCUGUCAAACCUCUUCAGUGACUUUUCUCCUUUAUUUUAGUUUUCGUCGAACGCAUUGUGAUGAUUGUGACCAAAUACGACUUCUUCUGCCAAACAAACUGUAAAAAUAGAAGCGAAAAGUUUUGUAAAUAUGGUCGUACGUACACGAGGCACUUUACAACACGUAUCUUAUGCAAGCGCCGCAGAGGGCUUCGUUUUAUAGUUUUAAUGUUGAAGUCUGAAGUUAAAAGUGAGACUUAUUUAAAGAAUACACAAUGAAACGAGCAAAGUUUAGUUCUCAUGUGGCUCCUGGACCCUCUGUAGUGUCUUAUUUUAUUGUUUUAUUGUCACCUCAUUCCAGAAUAUUAAUUAAAUCUGUAUUGUUUUUGCUGUUUUAUCUAAUUUUAUCGCUUAAACGGAAGAACGACUGACCCUUUGUUCAUGCAGUCAUUCAGAUUCUGGUCCUGAUCUUUUGUUCCGACUUCAUUAACUGCAUGAUUUUUUGGUCUGUAACAGGGAAUAAAUGGGUUUUAAUAUCUGGAAAUAGCCCCUCUGUAAAGAUAGCACUCUGCUUCUCUUUGAGAAAACGACGGACGUCUGGAAAUUAAGUGUACAAUGAAGUGUGUGGAGGAGGAUUGUCAAUAUUGGAUGCAAUAAAUGUUGUUACCGAAUGGAUUUGUGCAGAGGUGGUUUGUGGUUUUGGACAAACAGUCCAGUCAGAGUUCGUCGACCCCCGUUUGCAGGAACUCGCCUGAAGGUGAAGGUGAGGACACACGUGUGGACAUUUAAUCUUCAGUAAACUCAGCUGCAGCGUUUCAGCUCCACAUGUGAACACAAACUGAAUCUUCAGGAACGUAUGUGAUAUGAUGUUGGCGCUGACAGCAGCUCCAAAUGGCCGAGAACGCUGAAAAUGAGUCGGAUUGUCACGUAAACCUGCAAAUAAUCAGAAAAGUCGAAGUUUUGGAAACAUUUAAAGACGUUCUGACGUGUAAACCAAAGAAGAAAUAUCUCAGAUUCAGUGAACCGAGUGAAACCGUUUGCAGCAGAAGUAUAAACUGUUGGAAAAACACUUUUUAAACCUUAUUUGGGGUUUAAUCAGUUAAGUUUAUAAGUUUAAUCAGAUUUGACUGGUGAUUCUGUAAAUGUGUUUUAUGUCUAAUUAAACAGUGAAAUUACA